CAGCAGCAAAAAGAGUUUGUCAUUUCUUGGACAUGGAAGACAAUUAUUACAUUAUUAUUUAAUACAAUGUGCACUGAUAUCAACUGAAAUAUUUAAUCAACUGAAUAAAUAAGUGAUGUAUAAUAUAUAGAAAAAAAAAACAGGAGAAAAAUAUACAACUUAUUGGAUGUCUUUAUAUCAAUGGGCGUUGGAUGUUUGCUUUUAUUUGAGUAAAUACACAGUUAAGUGGAUCUUAACUAUAGGCAGAUUUUGAUAUACAUUACUCGAAGGAACUAUUUGAUGUAAAGCAGUUUGUAGAGAUCUGCUUUCAAACAGGCGAAAGAAAUGUUGUGAAAAGUGAUUAUUUGGAGCACGUAUAAAUCAUGACAGAAGGCUUUACUGCCACAACAAUCUGCGAUGGCUUUCCCAAUGGGACGCUUUGUGAUAGAACAAGUAUUAUCGUUACUACUGUUGCUUUUACAGAGGAAGAAGAAAUAUGGACUGCCGAUGUUAUACAACGAGUUGUUUCAAUAGUGAUUAUCAUGGUGUUAACAUUAAUUGGAAACAUCGCCAUUAUCCUCGUUUUGACUUGCAGCAAAUAUAGAAAAAGAAACAACCGGGUCAAUAUUUUCAUAAUAAAUCUUGCCAUAGGAGAUUUGACCGUUUGUUUUGUAACCAUGACAACAGAGAUUCUAUUUGUUGCCUUUGGUGAAUGGGUUUUAGGCAAUAUUGGAUGUAAAUUGUUAACAUAUAUCCAGGUCGUCACACUUUCAAGUACGACAUUCAUACUAGCCGCGAUGGGGUUCGACCGUUACCUGGCUAUAUGUCGUCCAUUACGUUUCACAGCAUCAAGUUCACGGGCAAGAACUAUGAUAAUAGUUUCGUGGUGUCUUUCAUUUGUAGUGUCUAUUCCACAGUUGUUCAUAUUCAAACAGACAGUUGACGGGGUUCAUGCCGACCAAACAUUAAAGUACGGUUGCCAUAGCCAAGGUUACACGGCGCCAUGGCAACGGAAAACGUAUAUAACUUUCAUGUCGUUUUAUAUUCUCAUCUUUCCAAGCGUACUACUUUCAUUCUGUUACAUUAAUGUUGCAAGAGUUGUCUGGAAACAAGGAAGAUCUGAAACAUACUUGGCAAACAGCGACACCUCCCUUAGGCGAUUCAUUGUUAACAAAGGUAUUAUAUCUUUAGCUAAAAUGAAAACGGUGAAAAUGACAUUUUGCAUCAUAUUAACAUUUAUCGCAUGUUGGACGCCAUACUUUGUGACAACACUAUGUCUAAUUUACAGUAAUUACACACUACACAUUCCAAACUCAGUGAUGGCGUUCGCAGAAACAAUUGCAUUACUUCAAAGUGCUGUAAAUCCAGUACUUUACGGAAUAUUCAACAUACAGCUAUUCAGAGGUUUAGCCGAAAUGUUUUGUCCAAAACGGCUUAAACCAAAACGACCAAACAGCUUGGCAAAAUAUCAUAACAUAAAUGGAUUUUAUUGUUUGUCAGCAACUGAAGAGAAGAAUAAAGUACAUCUUACAGAUAACACAAAUCAUCUAGCCGUUCGUUGCCAUGACAAACAAUCACGCUCAGCAACAUCUAGCGAUGAUGGGUCUCUAGAAAGGCACCAGUGUUCGACAAGUAGGUCACACGGUGGCUGCAUAAUUGCUGAAUCAAACAUGAAUGGAUUCAAAUUAAGAGUAAGAUUUAUGACAAAGGAACCAGUAAUCGUUCACGACCGUCAUGGUCGAUGUUUUUACCCAGGAAGUAACCAUAAAGAAAGUGAAAAACAACUUGAGUGUACAGUAUGAUAUUAUGGCUGCAACUUGUACGUGUACUGUCAAUCAAUGAAAAGUUACCACUAAAUAGUUUUAAGUUUAAGUUAAAGGCGACACGCUCCCAAAUUUAAGAUACUUCUUUCAAAACAUUAGAAGAGAGGCUUUUAUUAGUCAGCAAAUUGCGAACAAAAUUAAAAAUAAAGAGUUAUAGUGAGCUGUAAGCAUUGUCUUUGAUUUUACACGUAAAAUGUUCACACUUUUUGUACUUCUCUAACUUCUGUUUGAAUAUGGGUUAAUUUGAAACGUCGUGUCAUUUCAACUAUUUGAAAUAUCUUUCGAAAUUAAUGAAGGGAAAAUGGUGUAGAACUUUGGGUAAAAAGAUUUUUAAACACAUGUACAAUUGUACGAGCGCUGUUCAAAAAUAACGUAGACUUCUGCUGCAAAAAGUCGCCUAUUUUAUCUAGUGCAAUGUAAAAUAUGUGAAUGUAAUUCACAAUUUUUGUGUAAUUUGGUCAUACUUUUUUGUAACAAUUUUUCUGAUAGACGAUGCGCGAAAAACGUUUAAAUUACCAUAGCUGCAAUCGAUGUUUCACCCGUCAUGAUUUGAAUCAGUAUUCGCACUGAUAGUUCACUUGUUUGCCCGAAAAUAUGCAAGCGUACAGCAAUACAUCAAGGCGACAUUCACCGAUAGUUCGGAUCGGGAGUGGGGCGGAUGUAAACAACGUUAAAACUAAAUAUAUACAUGCAAUGUCGUCAUCAACUGACAUAGAUAAUCAGACAAACAAGGUAGUAAGGUGUCGUUCGGAUUUGGAGUAGGGCGGAUGUAAACAACGUUAAAACUAAAUGAGUGUUGCUGUUUAUAACACAUGUAAUGUCGGCAUCAACUGACAUAGAUAAUCAGACUGGAACUGAUAAAGUAGACCACAACAAUGUUCGGUCAUAUGUGUCUUGAUCUUCAAGCGAUUUGCAAAUAUCCCACAAUUGCUAAAAGACAGAUAAGGGCGAGGGAGAAAGCACAGAUACUUAGUUUUCGUUUUAAAUUAUAAAAUUCAAAGAUAAAUUAUUGUAAACUUAACGAAAGUUUCUCGAUUAGGUCAAGACGUCGUUAAGGUCGUUGAAAUAGCAUCAAAGUGAACGGGUUCGUGUGUAUGACUUUUUAGGAGGCGUAAUUCCUGACUCUAUAAUUAUAGUCACGUCAAAUGUGCAGUUGACUAAGUAUAGGGAUAACGAAUCAUGAUUGUGUAUUUACUGUUUUGCGUCAUUAAACUAAAAAAUGGUAAGACAAACUACAUUAUUUUUGAAAAGCUCUUGUACUUUCUUGCUUAUUAAUGAAUUCGAUAUGGCGAUUUAUUGACUUAAGAAAGAUCAUGACGACCAAACCUUAAAGGC